UGGCAGGGCUGGGGCCAGGCGAGGCCUCUCCUUUCUCAGAUCCUGUCAGCAAUGGACUCGGCCCCAAGUGCUGAGGGUGUGGGGGACAGCCAGGGUCAGGGGGCACCCACCACACCGGGGCCAGGCGGGCAUCCAGCUGCCGCAGCUCUGAGAUGGGACCUGUCUCUCCUACCGCCUCCACGCAGCCUUGGGCAAGUCCCUUCAUCUCCGCAGUGCUCACGCGCAGCCCCCGGCGCGGCCAGGCUCUGCCCAGGGGUGGAGGGACACCCUGGAGCUCCCGCCUUCCCUGCCGGCCACGGCUCAUCGCUGGGACCCGGCACCUGGUGAAGUUAACUCCACGGCCCUGGGUGCAUCCAGUGGGGGGCAUCCCUGCUUUCCCCCAGCUCCCCCCAUGCCCCUCGCAAACUUAUGUAACCGGCUGCUUGGCUGAUGCCUUGUGCCUGAGCCACUGGGCGUCACGUGGGCUGGCCGCUGGCUUCAAUGGGGCCUUGUGUGAACUUGACAAAGGGGAGAUUGAUUUCUAGCCGGGAGGGGGCUGCCACUGGGGGGUGGCUUGGCUUUGCCCAGUGUUUCUGUGGCGGAGCAGGACCCUGCCAGCCAGGGAGGCGCGGUGGCUGCGGAGGCAGGAGGCUGAGCCCAGGGGUCGCCCCAGGAUCGGGGCCCCGCCGCAGGUAUGCACCAGGGCACAGGGGCCCAUCCCAGCCCCGCUCAUCUCUGCCCCAAAGACCUUCCAGUCCAAGGCAGGGCAGGCGAGGGGCAGGGACAGCUGGUGCUCCCCCCUCUCUGCUGACUCUUUGUACAGCACCAGCGCAGGGAGGCCCAGUGCUUGCCGGGGGCUGCUGGAAACUGCAUAGCCCAUCCAGGGACCUGGCAUAUGCCUCCCCCCGCCCCCAAAACCUCCAGCUCCAGGAGUCCUGGGAUGACAGGUGCUUUCUUCGUCUGUCUUAGAAGAAGUUUCCAGCCCUUGCGGGGACUCCAAGGCGCCGUGGGGACAGGUGCAGGAGGGAAGAGGUCUUAAAAGUUUGUGAUUUUUAAGGCGAGCUCGAGAUGUUUUAGGGGGGCGGACUCGGACCGGAGGCAGUGGCUGGAAAGAAAUCGGUAGCUGGGUUGGUUUUCUUUGCCCCCUCUCCCCAGGUCAUGGAGUGCCGGCCGUCGCGGCGGUUUGCGUAGCAAGGGGCCACGGCAAAGACCCCGCCAGGGGGGAGCGAGUCCCCGGGGGCUCCAGUCCUGCUCUCCCGCUGACUGCUUUUCAUCCCCCUCCCCGGCCCGAAAAUGCUGACGAUCAAGUUGCCCCAGAUCUUCAGGGUUCACCAAGUCCCUCGCAUCUUUUGGGAGGAUGGCAUCAUGUCGGGGUACCGGCACCCCAAGAGCUCGGCCUUGGACUGUAUCCUCAGCUCCUUCCAGAUGACCAAUGAGACCGUCAACAUCUGGACCCACUUCCUGCCCACCUGGUACUUCGUGUGGCGGUUCCUGGCACUCUCGUCCUCGCUGGACUUCUGCCAGGAUGCCUACCACUGGCCCUUCCUCGUCUACCUGCUGCUGGUCUGCCUGUACCCCUUCACCUCCAGCUGUGCCCACACCUUCAGCACCAUGUCCCCCCGCGCCCGCCACAUCUGCUACUUCCUCGACUACGGGGCGCUCAGCCUCUACAGCCUGGGCUGCGCAUUCACGUACGGCGCCUAUGCCAUGCCGGAUGCCUGGGUGAACAGCGCCUUCCACCACUGCUUCGUGCCCGUGGCCGCGCUCAACUCCUUCGUCUGCACCACACUGUCCUGCUACUCCCGCUUCCUGGAGCUGGAGUUCCCACGGCUCAGCAAGGCGCUGCGCACAAUGGCCUUCGUCUACCCCUUUGUCUACGACAACGUCCCGCUCUUCUACCGGCUCCUGUUCUGUUUCGGGGACGACCGCGCCUGGACCGAGGCUGUGGCCGGCUACUGCUACCACCUCUUCUUCGCCCUCCUCACUGGCUUCCUCUUCGCCUCCCACCUGCCAGAGCGCCUGGCGCCCGGGCGCUUUGACUACAUCGGGCACAGCCACCAGCUGUUCCACAUCUGUGCUGUGGUGGGCACCCACUUCCAGCUGGAGGCCGUGCUGGCUGAUGUCUGCGGGCGCCAGGCCUGGCUGGGGGCCCGUGCGCCUGCACCCACCUUUGUCCGCACCUUUGGCACCGUGGGGGCAGCCGCCCUGGGCAAUGGUGCCAUCAUCGCCGCCUUCACGGCCGCCCUGCUCCGCGUGCCCACCGCGGCCCCGCUCCUGCAGGGCUCUGUGCCUGAUGGGACCCAGCCCAAGGAGCAGUGACGCAGCCCCCAGCCCCCAGGACAGAGUGUGGGGUGGGGGCAACUCGCACCCAGGACCGGCGGCCGCACGUGGAGUGGA